AUGUUGAAACAUGCUCAGCGGCCGCCGGCGGCAAACGAUGCCGAACAUCGCUACCAAAACAUGCCGCGGCGGCCGCACCAUCACAUCCCCUUGAAUGUUUCCACAUUGGAUUCAUCCAAGCACUCCGUUGGAGGAACUUCAGCCAGCGUGAGCCCGGGAGCACAACCACAGAAUACAAACCCUCCCGUGCCAGUGGUCGCACCCAUUCCGUUGACUUCUCCACCCAAACUGGCUAAUGGAAACGUAACUGGGUUGCCAUCAAGACAAUCCUCGAGAAGUAGAAGCAAUAGAGCUGCCACGGAGGAAGCCUUAACAUCCCUGGCGUUGUUAUGCCUGGUUAGCUUACUCCUAGCUUUGCUAGCUCUUCUAUUUCUUUUAAAAAUUUCUGCGCCUGCGACGAGCGCACCUGAGGAAUUCGCGGUGGUGUAUGAAGUGACAUUAGCCCUAUGUGCCUUAACGUUAUCAUUGAACCUCUGCUGUUUGUUGGUUUGUGCUAUUCAGUUCCUGUUUGCGGUGAAGCUGGUGCAUUCCCCGUCCGCGCCGAAUGGCCGGUGA